AUCAAACAUAUAGCCUCAUGUUUCAUUUCAUUGCAUAAUAAUAAUAAAAAUGAAACACAACAUGUGAGCCUCUAGUUUCAAUACAUCUAUUAAGUUAAAGCAUAUAACAUUGGAGUGUAACCGCUUUGUAGUGUUGCAAAAGAAAAACAUGGAAGCUAUGUUAUCUUUUUCUGUUACUUCAUUUCACAUCCCAAUUGCACUUGAAAAUUCAACACCACUUAGGAAAUCCAUGUUGUUGAGCACACAAGUGCAUUCAACUACACUUCCAUUAAUUAGUGGUAGGAACAAUUCAAAAUUCAAGCUUUUCACAGCUUUAUCACCCUCACCAAUCACAGAUUCAAGUAACCUUUCUGUGGAUGAGCCAGAAGUUGAAGAAAGUGGAGAGAAAUUUGAUUGGUUUUCACAGUGGUACCCUUUGAUGCCAAUAUGUGAUCUAGACAAAAGAGCACCUCAUGGUAAAAGGGUGAUGGGGAUUGAUGUGGUUGUGUGGUGGGAUAGAAAUGAGAAUGAAUGGAAAGUAUUUGAUGAUGCAUGUCCACAUAGAUUGGCACCAUUAUCUGAAGGAAGGAUUGAUCAAUGGGGUAGAUUGCAGUGUGUAUAUCAUGGUUGGUGUUUUAAUGGAUCUGGUGAUUGUAAAUUCAUUCCUCAGGCACCUCCACAAGGACCUCAGGUUCAUACGUCAAAAAAAGCAUGUGUAGCUGCUUAUCCAAGCAUUGUGCAGAAUGAUAUCUUGUGGUUUUGGCCAAAUACUGAUCCUCAAUACAAAGACAUUAUUACAAGGAAAAAACCCCCAUUCAUACCAGAAAUAGAUGAUCCAUCAUUUACUUGCUUAAUGGGAAAUAGAGAUAUUUCUUAUGGAUAUGAGGUACUGAUUGAAAACCUCAUGGACCCUGCACAUGUUCCAUAUGCACACUAUGGAAUAAUGAACACUCCAAAACCAAAAGAAAAAGCUGAUAGAGAAGGGGGAAGACCACUUGAAUUGUCAAUUGAAGAGUUAGAUAUCAAUGGUUUCACAGCAGAUCAGGGAUGGAGCAAAAGCAAAUUUAUGCCACCUAGCAUUUUUUAUGCAUACAGUGAUCCAGAUAAACUUGCAUCAUCUGCUGAAGCUAAGAAAUCAUCAGUUCAGAAGAAAUUUGCUUUGAUCUUUAUUUGCAUUCCUGUUAGUCCUGGUAAAAGCAGACUGAUUUGGUGCUUUCCAAGAAACUUUGGACUGUGGAUUAACAAAAUUGUACCGCGAUGGAUAUUUCAUAUCGGGCAAAACCUGGUUCUAGAUUCAGAUUUAUAUCUUCUCCAUGUUGAGGAACAUAAAAUAAUGGAUGUUGGUCAAGAGAAUUGGCACAAGGCCUGUUUUGUGCCAACAAAGGCAGAUGCUCUUGUGAUUGGUUUUAGAAAAUGGUUAAAGAAGUAUGCAGGUGGUCAAGUUGAUUGGAGAGGAAAAUAUACUGGAGCACUUCCUCCAACACCUCCUAAAGAACAACUUAUGGACAGGUACUGGACUCAUGUGGUGAAUUGCAAGAGUUGCAGUUUUGCAUAUAAGAGUCUUAAUGUGGUGGAAGUGAUGCUGCAGAUCAUAUCUGUUGCUUCAAUUGGGAUUGUUGCCACCAUGAAGCAGGGUAUGAUGUCAGUUGCAACAAGAAAUUCAAUGAUUGUGUUAGCAGUGCUUUCAUUCGGGUUGUCUCGGUGGUUAGCUCGCUUCAUAUACAAAAACUUCCAUUUUCAUGACUACAACCACGCGUUUCGUUGAAAUGUGUUUCCUUGGAUAUUGAUGUCUAAGUGUGUUAUGUAUAUAUAGUGAUGAAGCUCCAUGAAAACAAAGCCACUAGUAUAGGUGGUUUGGAAGAUUUUUGGAACAUUUGUGCAUGUAUACAUGUUAAGUUCAUACACACCCAUGUAAGUCUUUACUUUAGCAAAAUGAGAUGGAUUCAAAGUUUCCCCAGUAGGGAUAACUAUUUAUUAUUCA